AUGGCGGUCUGUUUCAUGGUUGCCGUUGUGAUCCCAAACAUCAUUGAUGUCAUGCAAGGAGGAGCAUCUUUGGCUGGCAUCAACAGUGGUGUCACUAAACUCCAAGCAACGAGGCUCCAUGCUAUUCAUAAUUGCUGGACGACGAGUAACUUCGUGUCCAUCGAAGAUCGGCAAGGAGUCCCCAGGGAUGCUUUCGUUCCCAAGUUUUCAUACUCGAUCAGCAUGGAUGAAGCUCCUUCAUGGCUCCAGGUGAUACUCGUCACGCAGCUGGUUCUUCUCACGUUGUUCGCAGGAGAAUCCACAGCUCAAUUGAUCAGAAACUUCACAACUUUCAAGAUCGAGUCCUCGAAACAAGUAGCCGAAGGUAUGGUUCUUCUCGUCAACAACGCUACCAAGAACAUAGGCUGUGGCUUCUCUUCGGUACAGUGUCCAAACAGAUCGCAAAAGUGCCUGGUUUUCGGCGUCUCCUUCCUCGGUAAAGAUGGUGGCUUCCUCCCAGAUCAUCUCGUGUGGACGGCGAACGGGAACGAUCCAGUUUCUCCGCAAUCCACAAUCGUGCUUACUGCUCAAGGGAACUUAGAGCUCAGGGAUGCAAGGAGAGGACUCGUCUGGUCGACCAACACCUCCAACUUGGGAGUCCGCAUGCUAAAGCUCAAGAUGUCUGGAAAUCUGGUGCUUGUCACGGCCAACGGGACAGAAGUCUGGAGAAGUUUCGAUCAUCCAACGGAUACUCUCAUGCCCGAGCAGAUGCUCCAUAUCGGGAAGAAGCUCGAGGCUUACAAAUCUUCGUCGGGGCUGGACUUGAGGACUGGAGACUACUCGCUGGUCGUGGAGGAGCGAAAGGUGGUGAUGUACGUGAACAACACGAUGGAGCAGACGCUGUCGAGCUACGCAGCCUGGUCUUUGAAGAGCGAUGUCAAUGCCACCAUCGGCUGGCUCAAGUUUUCCAAGACGAGAGAUCUCCUCGCAGUGUACUCCGCCAACUUCACCAUGCUCGACCGGACCAAAGUGAGGACGAAAAACAGGACUUUGCGUUUCAUGCGUCUGGAACGCGAUGGAAGCUUGAAUCUCCACUUCGAGACCGGCAAGCCAUUGCCUCUCAACAAGAAGCUCCAGGGGAGUAAGUUCCAGGUUCCUCUCGCGGGAGAGUGUAGCCUUCCAUUCAAGUGUAGGAGAUACGGGAUUUGCUCGGGGAAUGGAAAUUGUAGCUGUCCCUCGGAGGAAUUUCGUGGAUCGAAGAGAACUUGCGAGCUUCUCCGGCCGCUAGUUUGCAAAAAAAAUGCAAGCUCGCAGCGUUUGAUCCAGCUGGAGAACACGGACUACUUCUCGACGCAGUUUGACGCAGGAAUUCCAGUGAGCUCCGUGGACGAGUGCAUGAAGCUGAUCAUGGAGAACUGUUCCUGGGACGUUGCCAUCUUCAAAGACGUCCGGAACAGGAGCCUGUGCUAUGGCUUCCGCAACGUUCUCUCGCUCAUCAACGUCACCGGCAGCAGCAGCGCUACCUCGCUAGCCUUCAUCAAAGUCGAGAAUCCUCCGCAGUCGAGCAGCAGUAGCGGACGACAAAGACGACGAAGAACAGCAAUGUGGCUGGCGGUAUCUCUCGCCAUCGCCACGCUUGUGCUCGUUCCACUCGCGCUGCUCUACUUGCGGAGCCUGUCCAGGCAAAAGAACGUGAGUGACGAGCUCCUCGAGUCCAUCCCGGGAGUUCCACGGCGGUUCACGUUCCUGGAGCUCAAGAACGCCAGCGCCAACUUUAGCCGGAAAUUGGGACGGGGGGGCUUCGGCACGGUCUACCAUGGAAUGCUGGAAGACGGCACCAAAGUUGCAAUCAAGCGGCUCGAGAGCUCCCGAGGUGGCGGAGACGACCAGUUUCGAGCCGAGGUGAUCGCCAUCGGCAGCGUCCACCACUCCAACUUGGUGAAGCUCAUCGGUUUUUGCUGCGACGAGCACAAGCACACGCUCCUGGUCUACGAGUACAUGCCAAACGGAUCGCUGGAUAUGUGGAUCUUCGCUCGAGACGAUAACAACUUCCUCGACUGGAGAACUCGGUCCAAGAUCGCGCUUGACAUCGCAAAGGGUCUCUCCUAUCUCCACGAAGGCUGCGAUCAAUCCAUCCUCCACCUGGAUAUCAAGCCGCAGAACAUCCUUCUCGACGUGGAGUUCAAGGCCAAGAUCUCCGACUUUGGCCUCGCCAUCUUCGCUGCCAAGGGAUCCAACAAUCUCCGCGACACGGCGCUGCGAGGAACUCCCGGAUACAUGGCUCCCGAGUGGCUGCGCUACGAGGUCUCGCGCAAGAUCGACGUCUACAGCUUCGGCAUCGUGCUACUCGAGAUCGUGAGCGGCAAGCAAGCGCUCGAGUUCCUAGACGCGAUCGACCACCACAGCGAUAGCGACGACCAUCAUCACCCUUUCCACGCCGAGCGGAGCGACCUGGUGGAGCUGCUCGAUCCCAGGCUCAAGGGAUGGAGCUACUCGAGCAGCGAGGUGGAGAGAUUCGUGCUCGUCGCGCUGUGCUGCAUCCAGGACGAUCCAUCCGCCCGGCCGGGCAUGGGCAAUGUCGUCAAGAUGCUCGAGGGGAAUCUCGCGGUUCCCGACCCGCUUAUCAGCCAGAGAUACCAAUCCACGGCAAUUCCAUUCGGAAUCGCGAGCUUCCUCGCCUCUAGAUUGCGAUCCAGCAAGAACACUCAUUAG